UGCCAUUUCAUUGCGUACAGUGCAGUCUAUAAAACAGAAUGCGUUCUCAGCGGAUCUCGAGUUUCCUAUCACUUAUCGUCAUUCGUAGCGUAUAAACAUAACAUCGCGCGGUCAUUAACUUAAAAAUUGUGUUUACGUAGCCACGAUUAGGCGCGAGUAACCGACAAUUUCGUCCUCAAAAUGGUCGUUUUUCGAUCUUAAAGAGAGCGUCGAUCCAUUUACGGAACCUUUUAAAUCCUGUUUAUUCCAAUUAUUGUGGUAUUAAAUUCGCAAAAUGUCAUGCAGUUACGCGGACGGACUGUCGCCUUACGAAAACAAAGGGAUCCUGGGUUUAGAGGAGAGAUACGACACCGCGGAAACCCUUCGCAUAAAGUGUGGCCUAUUGGCGGAAUGGAUUCAAGGCGCGCGACAUGUCGUCGUUCACACCGGUGCAGGAAUCAGCACAGCCGCGGGCAUUCCAGAUUUUCGAGGAACAAAUGGGGUAUGGACGUUGGAACAAAAAGGUUUAAGGCCUUCUAUGAAUAUUUCUUUUGACGAUGCAAUACCAACGAAGACGCAUAUGGCAUUAAAAAAAUUAAUCGACUGCAAAAAAAUUAAAUUUGUAAUUAGCCAGAAUAUUGAUGGACUGCAUCUUAAGUCGGGUAUACAGAGACAACAUCUUGCAGAAUUACAUGGCAAUAUGUUCACCGAACAAUGUGAUAAAUGUGGAAAGCAAUUCAUCCGUAACUUUGCAAGCAAGAGCGUUGGUAAGAAAUCUUUGGAUACGGUAUGCAGAUCUGAACAGAUAGGUGGUCGUCCAUGUCGUGGUCGUAUGCACGAUACUAUCCUCGAUUGGGAACACAAUUUACCGGAUAGUGACUUGACGUUGUCAGAUUUGCAUUCCAGCGUUGCUGACUUGAGUAUUUGCUUGGGAACAACUUUGCAAAUAAUUCCAAGUGGGAAUCUUCCAUUGUAUACUAAAAAAUACGGAGGGAGACUUGUUAUAUGCAAUUUGCAGCCCACCAAACAUGACAAGAAAGCUGACCUAAUCAUUAAUGGAAAUGUCGAUGAAAUUAUGGUCAGUGUUAUGAAGAAAUUGGGAUUAGAAGUACCGUUAUACGAUACCAGCAUGGAUCCAACACGUAAUCCUGAUACUACGUGCAAGGAAAUGGAUUGGACUAUACCAACGAGCAGAAUAAAGGAGAUGAACGUAUUAUAUAAAAAAGUAUGCAAGCCAAUGAGAAGAAAACGAAAAACAUUUAUGUACGAGAGAGAAAAGCCUGAUCCCAAACGAGAGACGAAGACGAGAAAGCAAGCAUUUACUAUGAAACAAGAGAUUAAAAUGGAGAAUGAUGUAGAUAGGAUCCAAGGAAUGCACAAGCAGGAUGACAGUAUGCUUCUUAAUGCUGUUAAAAUUGAAAAAGAUAUAGGGGACGUUGGAUCUUGUACUUAUUCAGUAGACAAUGUAUCGCAGCUUAAUAAUGCCGACAUAAAACUGGCUAAAACAGUGUAGCGUGAUUUAGUAGCCGAUUAUUACGCGUUUUAAUAUUUGUAUUAAUCUCUGUGUACGCAAAACAGUAUUUACGAGUGCUCAUAGAAUGGAUGUUCAUUGUAUGCGGAGACUGUCUAACAGAGCUUCUGAUUUAUUUGUAUAAGAAAAAUCUUUUCAAAAUAAGUUUUUAAUUUAUAUGAAAAAAAAAAAAAAAAAGAAAAAAUAAAAAAAAAAGAAAAAGAAAGAAAAAAACAUGAAGAAAAAAAGACAAGGGGAAAAAAAAAAGAGAAAAAAGAAAAGAAGAAAAGAAAAAUCAUUUUUUACGAACCAAUAAUGCGAGUGCUUUCCAAAUUGUAAAUAUACGGUCGUGAUCUUCGAAUUCAUUUUCUUCCAUUUCAAUGAAUUGUUAUCUCGUCAGCUUUACAUCUAUUACGCGUUUAAGCAAAUAUUGUUAGUAUCCAUUUUUUUCUCAUAGUGUACUAUACUAUAUCUCUCUCUCUCUCUCUCUCUCUCUCACACUCAUUCUCUCAAUCUCUUUCUCUCUCUCUCCUCUUUCUUUCUCUCUCUCUCUCUCUCUCUCUCUAUAUAUAUAUCUAUAUCUAUAUCUCUCUAUUUUUACUCUAUACGUGUUGUAUACUAGAAGCAUAAUUUACAUUUCAAAAAAGCAACAAGGUUGUGCAUAUAAGUGAGUAACUUUUUGCAUCUUUUCAAUAAAUCUGGAAGUAGAAAUCUUUGGAAAAAUGUGUCAGACGAGUAACGAAAAAGUCUCACAUUUUAUCGGCGAUAGGUAAAAGAUGAAAAUGAGAGAAAAUAAUAAUAAUAAUAAUAAUAAUAAUAAUAAAAAUAAUAUUAAAAAAAAAUAAUAAUAAUAAAAUAAAAUAAAAGCGAAGAAAAAAGAAAAGAAAAGGAAAGGAUAAAAUUAAAAAUCUCACGCUUGUCGGCAUGAUUAAUACCGUGCACCGCAAGUAACGAAAAAUCUUGUAAUAUUUGUAUGUAAAUAGCGACCAUUUGCUUUCAUUUUUUCAAUCGAUAUACAUUAUUGAACAAAUUAUCGUCAUGUCGAUAAUAAAAUAAAGCUGUCAUAACUACUUAA